AUGUCCUCUGCAGAAGCGAGUCGCUUGUUGCGUUUUCGGGGUCAUGCCUACUUUCGUCAAAGACUUAUCCUUGCGACACUAGCAGGUCGGCCUGUGCGAAUUGAUCAAAUUCGCCCAGACGACGAAGAGCCAGGUCUACGUGAUUUCGAGGUGUCAUUCUUGCGCCUCUUGGAAAAGAUAACCAACGGAAGUGCGGUAGAAAUUAGCUAUACUGGUACGUCCGUAUACUUCCAGCCCGGCAUUGUGUACGGAGGAUCGAUCGUGCAUGAGUGCCCGACUAGUCGCGGGGUGGGCUACUUUUUAGAAUAUAUGGUGAUCAUCGCACCAUUUGCAAAGCAGGAGGUUGCACUAACGCUGCGUGGUAUUACGAAUGGUCACGGUGAUCUUGGCGCUGAUACCAUCCGCACCGUGACGAUUCCGCAUCUCGCACUAUGUCUGCCACUUGACUCUGUGUCGAUGCUAGCAUCUUCACUAGAAAUGCGCAUCGUCAGAAGAGGAGCAGCUCCUCUGGGUGGUGGUGAAAUCUUUUUCCGUGCGCCACUCAUUGCGGCGCUGCGUCCCUUGAACUUCGUUGAGCCGGGCCGCAUUCGCAAGAUCCGUGGUAUUGCAAGUGCCGUGCGGGUUAGUCCGCAAAUGAGCAAUCGAAUGAUCGAUGCUGCUCGUAGUGUAUUGAAUCGGUACAUUCCUGAUUUGUACUUGUUCUCAGAUGUGUAUCGCGGCGACGAGUCAGGCAAGUCGCCCGGGUUCGCAAUGUCGCUUGUUGCGACAUCCACAACCGGCGCCAUGCACGCUUCAGAAACCACUUCGCUCCCAGGGCAAACCCCUGAAGAUGUCGGCUUGUUGACAGCGCGAUCUCUGCUCGCGAGUAUCGAAUCUGGUGGGUGUGUUGAUGCGAUGCACCAGCCAUUGAUCCUCAUUCUUAUGGCGCUGGGUCCAGAAGAUGUUGCCCGCUGCCGCCUAGGUGCUUUGACGCCCCAGGCUAUUCAAUGCUUGCGGGAUAUUCGUGAAGCUUUAGGUGUGACAUUCAAAAUCCGUGCACUGGACGACCGGUCCGUGAUGGUAACGUGCGUCGGCGUUGGGUUCCGUGGCUUCCGCCAAGUGCAUUGA